AUGGAUAUCUCAAAGCAUAUUGAUUGCCUGUCGCAAUGGCCUACUCAUCUGGCCCCUGGUUUGCCGACCAUCGGUGCCCUGUUGCUCCUUGCAACUGGUGGGAUGGUCGUCGGCUGCAAGAUCUGGAGCUUCCUGCGGGUGAUUCUGAGCCUGUUCGUGCUCCCUGGUAAACCGUUGCACUCAUUCGGACCUCCCGGCAGCUGGGCCAUCGUCACCGGUGCCUCCGAUGGACUGGGCAAGGAGUUCGCAUUGCAGCUCGCACGCGCCAAAUUCAACAUCGUCCUCGUAUCCCGAACCGAAUCCAAGCUCAUCGCCCUCGGAGAGGAAAUCACCAGGCAAUACCCCAAUGUCCAAACCAAGACUCUGGCCAUGGACUUCUCCGAAAACUCCGAUGAAGACUACGCCGCUCUGAGCGAACUCACCUCCGACCUGGACGUAUCAAUCCUCAUCAACAACGUCGGCCAAAGCCACUCUAUCCCCGUUCCAUUCGCUCAAACCCCCGCCUCCGAGAUGUCAAACAUCAUCACAAUCAACUGCACCGGUACCCUCCGCGUUACUCAGCUCUUCGUCCCAGGCAUGAUCCAGCGUCGCCGCGGCCUCAUCCUCACCAUGGGCUCGUUCGGUGGUCUCCUCCCUACUCCUCUGCUGGCUACUUACUCCGGUAGCAAGGCUUUCUUGCAGCAGUGGUCUACUGCUUUGGGAUCUGAAUUGGCUCCCCACGGUAUUGAAGUUGAGCUUGUCCACGCUUACCUGAUUACCUCUGCUAUGUCUAAAAUUCGUCGUGCCUCGGCUUCUAUCCCUACUCCUCGCGUGUUUGUUCGCUCGGUCUUGUCGAAGAUCGGUCGCAGUGGUGGCUCGACUGCGUACGCUUACAGCUCUUCUCCGUACUGGAGCCAUGGAAUUAUGGCUUGGUUCUUGACCUCUGUCUUGACACCUAUGAACAAAAUUGUCAUUUCUCAGAACAAGUCUAUGCAUGAGAGCAUUCGUAAGCGUGCGCUGCGCAAGGCGGAGCGAGAGGCUCAGAAGAAGAGCACCUAA